UCCGGUGUUUGUAUGAGAAUCGAUUCACGCGACUGGCGUGGUGGUGGAAGGUAUAGUAUAGUGUGUAUAUCGAGCGAUUACGCAUUACGUCAAAGUCUGAAAGCUACGGAGCUCAACGGAACUUGAUGUCAGUGCCAACUGAGCGUCGAUACAGGCAAGAAUUACAGCGGAACCAUUUCGUGUGUAAAGCGCGUGUCGCUGUGGCGGUGUGGCAUUCCAUCCAUUACAUAUAAAUAUAAAGGGUCGCUUCUCACACAACUCUAAUAAAUCAUGUUUACGGAUGUCGAUGAGUGUUAUAUUGAGAUUUUGCGGCUUGUGAAACAAGCUGGUUCGAUUGUCAAUGAAAAGAUUCAUCAACACAAAGACGUACUUACAAAAUCAUGUGACGUUGAUUUAGUUACAGAAUGGGAUCAAAAGGUAGAAAAACUUUUAAUCAACGGAAUAUCCUCCAAAUAUCCUGAUCAUAAAUUUAUUGGCGAAGAGAGUACUGCUAUGGGCCAGAAGGUAGAACUAACAAAUGCGCCAACAUGGAUAAUCGAUCCGAUCGACGGCACAAUGAAUUUCGUUCAUGGUUUACCGCACACGUGCAUAUCGAUUGCGUUACUUAUUAAUAAAACGGCGGAAAUAGGAAUAGUAUAUAAUCCGAUUUUGGAACAGCUUUUCACCGCCCGUAAGGGUCAGGGCGCUUUUCUUAAUGGUGCUCCGAUUCACGUAUCAGAUAAAAAGGAAUUACGUAAUUCGUUGGUAAUGAUAGAAAUGGGAACGAGCAGAGAUCCGGAAAAAUUGGAAAUAGUAUUGCAAAAUAUUAAGAUCCUUACAACACGUAUCCAUGGACUACGAUCGCUUGGUUCGGCAGCUUUGAAUAUGUGCAUGGUAGCUCUCGGUGGUGCUGAUGUUUUUUUCGAAUUUGGUAUACACGCAUGGGAUAUUGCAGCCGGAGAUCUUAUUGUUCGAGAAGCUGGUGGUGUGACGAUAGAUCCAGCUGGAGAUCCGUUUGAUGUGAUGAGCAGAAGGGUAUUAUGCGCAUCAUCGAUUGAAUUAGCUCAAGAACUUUCCAAAAUAUUAAUUCAGUAUUAUCCAGAACGAGAUUAAAAAGCUUCAAAAAACUUUGAAGAUGAGGAAGAAUUUAUGUUUGCAUGUCAGAUUGAAUAUACGCAAAUAUUAUUUCCUAAAAACGAGAAAAAUAAAUUGAAGACGUAUUAUAUAUAUAUGUAGAAAAUUGUAAGGUAUGUAAGUUUACUUUAGAUUAAAAAAAUAUCGAUGUAAUUAUGAAUUUUUCUUCAAUUUUUUAAUUUUGUGUAAAAUGAUUUAAAAUAUUAUGUGUUACAAACAUGUGUAACAAUUAUGUGUAAUAAAUUAUUUAUGUACUUAUAUACAAAAUCAAUAUAUAUAUAUAUAUAUAUAUAUAUAUAUAUAUAUAUAUAUGUGUAUGUAUGUAUGUAUAAUAUAUGUAUAAUAUAUGUAUAAUAAUGA